AUAACCAAUUGCUGAAGUAGCUGGGCGGACCUUCCCCUCCUACUUAAUGUACUUUUUUGGUUGGUCGCAGUACGCCACACUCACCUCGACCUUUAAUUUGCGUAGGUUUGUUUGUAGUAAAUUGAACGAACCACACAAUGUCGAAGGAGGCCCCCCGUGAACCAGAACAGCUCCGCAAGCUUUUUAUCGGAGGGCUUAGCUUUGAAACGACAGACGAAAGCUUACGGGCCCACUUCGAACAAUGGGGGUCGCUUACAGACUGUGUGGUAAUGAGAGAUCCCAACACAAAGCGAUCGCGGGGGUUCGGGUUCGUCACGUACUUUUCGGUGACCGAGGUCGACGCGGCUAUGGAAGCCCGACCACACAAGGUUGACGGCAGAGUCGUGGAGCCAAAAAGGGCAGUUUCUAGGGAGGAUUCAAACAGACCAGGUGCACAUAUGACCGUGAAGAAGAUCUUUGUUGGAGGCAUCAAAGAAGACACGGAAGAGUCUCACCUGCAAGACUACUUUGAACAGUUCGGCAGGAUCGAGGUCAUCGAGAUCAUGACCGACAGGGCCAGCGGCAAGAAAAGGGGCUUUGCUUUCGUAACGUUUGACGACCAUGACGCAGUGGACAGGAUAGUUAUUCAGAAGUACCACACCUUGAACGGGCACAACUGUGAAGUGAGGAAAGCGCUUUCCAAGCAAGAAAUGGCCAGCUCCGGUACGGGGCGAGGAGGUGGUAAUUUCGGAAGAGGUGGGGGAUACGGAGGAGGAGGAAAUGAUUUUGGCCAGGGUGGAUACUUUGGUGACCGUGGUGGCAGAGGUGGCUAUGGAGGCGGUGACGGAUACAACGGCUUUGGAGGAGAUGGUGGUUACGGUGGAGGUCCUGGCUACGGGGGUAACCGUGGGUACGGCGGCGGGCAGGGGUACGGCAACCAGGGUGGCGGCGGCGGCGGCUAUGGCGGAAAUGGAGGAUACAACGGUUACAACAACGGCGGCGGCGCCGGUGGCGGCGGCGGCGGAAACUUUGGCGGUGCCGAUGUCUGUGUACCUGUGAGUGACGAGUACCUGAACCGGCCUGCAGGAAACUUCGGGGGCAGCAGCUACAACGACUUCGGGAACUACAACAGCCAGGGCUCGUCCAGCUACGGCCCGAUGAAGGGAGGCAACUUCGGGGGCGGGUCCAGGAACAGCGCCGGCCCGUACGGAGGUGGGUACGGCGGAGGCUCCGGCAGUGGUGGAUAUGGCGGUGGCAGCAGCGGCGGUGGCGGCGGAGGCCGGCGGUUCUAAGGCGCGUCCGUAGGGGGGGGUACAGUACUUAGGAGAGAGAGGAGGAGAGGAGAGGACAGCCAGAGAGGGGACAGGGAAGCGUCAGGCUAAACGCCGUAGAUCUGCUCGGCCAGUCGGGCGCCGGGUGCUACGGCAGCCCGUCCCACAGAUGCACAGUAGCAGGAAGGAAAAAGGAGGAGGAAAAAAAAAAAAAAAAAAACCCCCCGUUUGUUUCCUGCUGUCAGUGUGGGAAUAUUUUAUAUAGAUGCCCUUUCUUUUGUGUUUCUGUGAAAAGCAUUCCAAGGUUUUAUGUAAAUUUUUAUUUUGCCAGCCAUUAUGGUGUUUAUUUUUUUUUUGUUGGAUUUUCUUUUUUCUUUUUUUUUUUUAAAUGUAACUGCAGCAAAUCAUGUGUUUUUUGAAAUAAAACCAUCUCUCAGUUCUUUUUUAAAGAAAAAAAUUGUCCGAGUGUCUUAUAGCAGUGUUUCUAUGUAUCUGAGCUCUUCACCCCCCAGCUUUUACUGGUGUUGACUGGGCAACAUGGCAAGUUUGUCCUGUAGUUCCCGCUACAAACUGCUGGGAAGGUAUUUAGACCUUAAAAAUUAGGGUUUAGAAAUUGAGCUUUUGUGAAUCUACCAGAGUCAAGUUCUUUGUGCUGUAGACCCCAAGGACUUGACGAGUAGAUGCCUGUUUCUGUGGUCCUAAAAUGACCGUUGCUUGCAAGGCCAAAGUCUCACUAGCCAGUCAAGCAAAGCAGCAGCUAAUGGCUGAAUGUGAGCCGCCAUGUUUAACAGUGCUAACGCUAACUGGUGCACACCACGGGCUGCAUGUGUAGAGCAGGGACAGGUGGAGGCAAUAUGGCGUAAACUCAAGUUGCUUCAGUGAAACGGUGGACGUGUGCACUCGCACCUCACACGGUUGUUGGUCGGAUGAGUUAACAUGUACCAUCUCUCAUGGGGCUAAGUGGUGCAAGCCUGACUCCUUCGGUGUGUUGAGUUUUGGGUGUUUUCACACACGAACGCUUGCCGAACGGCAACUGAGGAGGCAAUCCUAGUGGCAGGGCUCAAUUUCAGACACUUUUUGUCAUGGCUGCAAACUGACGAAGUGUCUGAAAGGAGCCAAUCGAACACACGUUUCCAACGGUGACCUCGUGUUCUGUGGUGAAUGGUCCAAUGCUAAGGAGCUAAUCGCCCUUGUUUCCCAAGGUGACCUCGUUCUGUAGAGGAUGUUUGCACGCUACGCAUGAACCGUUACAUUUAGCAGAGCUCCUCAGCUGCAAUGCACUCCUGUCCAUGUACAUCCACUGGCUACAGGCUCUGACCUGAAUGAGCUGCUCAUUUCUAGUGCUGGUUUCUGGUGUGGCAAGAGGAACAGAAGCUUCUUGCCUGCAGUCUGUUCUCUAUCCUUGUACCUCCUGCCAGGCCUCAGCUGGUCCAGUGCUCUGUACUGUCCUCUCUGAAUGGGUCCUCUUCGCUACCAUCUCUCAAAUGGAAUGAGCUCCCCACUAGAAUCGGGACAUCAGUGUCACUGUCCAUCUGCCACGGACUAAAAACACUUAUUUAAACUGCACCUUAGCUGAAUUUUGCUCAAUCAAAAACAAAUAUCCUCUAACCCAUUUACUACUACUAAUGUUUGCAAUUAUGCAAGUCACUAGUGGUCGCACACUGACAAUGUUCAGCAAACCGGCCCUCAUCUUUAAAAGGCCCUGUCACUCUGUCUGGAAAGCAUUUCUUCUGAUGGAGGAAAAGAAGUGUUUGGACUGUAGAGUUUGAGAGCCACAGCUUCCUAUCGGAGAGUAGCGGUCGAGAGGCUAGCGUGGGCGACGGCUAAGCCCAGCAGGUAGCGAGACCAGCAGCCAGGAACCAGAGAAGCGGGAGGCAGUGGGAAGAGCAGGUUGAGACUAGCCGCUACGAAAGGUGGUCUUUUUGUACCUUGCAAAGUAGGUAAGAUAUUCUUUCCCGAAUUUUGCUCUGAUGCUUCUGUUCAUGAAUGUGGCAUAGCACAUCUUAAAUUCAGGGUUUGCUUCAGCCAGCAUGUUCAUUUAUCAGUAGUCCAUGGCGCACCCUCUGUUACUCUAAACAUGGAUGUCAAACUGAGUUCCACGGGGGAUGCAGUGUCUGGGUUGUUGUGGUUUCCUUUCAAUCAGCUGCCAGCUAAAGCCUUCACAAGGCAUGUGGAUUCCAAUCGAUGACUAACGAAAGGCUUGUGCCAAGAAACCAGCAGACACUGUGACCCUCCAGGACUGGAGUUUGACAACUGUUUUAAAGACUUAAGAGAGCUUGCAUCUCGAGCAUUAAGUUUCUUACUGGUUAACGGAAAUUACAAUUGAUCGUUUACAUUUUUUAGUGUGCAAAUUUCUUGUGCGUCUCGAAGCUCUCCUGAACUUUGGUCAAGAUAAACCCUGCUGUUAAUAAUGCAACAUUUUGUCUUCUCCAUUAGUGUGGUAGUGCCUGUAAACAUCUGGAGGACAUUUUUUUUUUUGUACUUUUAACUAUCAGUGAAUACUUAAAAUCAAGCAUACUCAAAUUUUGGCCUUCAGUUGGUAGUAUUGCUAGUUCUUCUACUGGAAAGUUCCAUAGAAUAAUGUCGCUGACUGGCCAGAGGUCUCACUUACCUGGUGUCCCAGCUUAGAGGGUAAAUGAAUGAAAAUGGCAGUAUUACUGUCCUUGAGGGCCAAAGUUGCUUUAGACAAUUUUAUGCACUAAAUAUUUUCCAAAUUUGACUUUGUCCUUCUCCCCUCUCCAUUAAAUCUCCUUUUCAGGAAUCUGACCGGACCAAUACACCUGCACAGGCAGCAUGAUGCACAGUCUGACCUGCGGUUGUUUCUACAAAGGAGAACAGAAGAGGAAUGCAUAUUUUGCACAACACUGAAGGCUGCUGGACAGUUUUUGUUUGUAAACCUUUUUUUAUUGUGUUUUUUUCCAAUAAAAAAUAUUUUUAAA